CGUGUCGUCUUUCUUAUCACACCGGCAUCCCUCUGAUUAAUAAAAAAGCAAGUGCUAAACCAGUCGUCUAACAGCAGCCGUAAUUCACACGACAGACUAAUUCCUUCUUCAUCAUAUCUUCCCUGAAUUUACCUCUCCUGACGGACUCCCUCUCUCUUCCCAAACCUUCAUAGUCGAUCUCUGCUAAUACCAUUCUAUGGGGACGAUAGGUCACAAUAAUCUCAAUGCCAAGCUCGUACUCCUCGGCGACAUGGGAGCUGGUAAAUCAAGCCUCGUUUUGCGUUUCGUGAAGGGCCAAUUCCUUGAAUUCCAGGAAUCGACGAUCGGAGCGGCGUUCUUCUCGCAGACGCUGGCCGUGAACGACGCCACCGUGAAGUUCGAGAUCUGGGACACUGCCGGCCAAGAGAGGUACCAUAGCUUGGCCCCUAUGUACUACAGAGGUGCUGCUGCAGCUAUUAUUGUCUAUGACAUCACUAACACGGAUUCGUUCGAGCGGGCUAAGAAAUGGGUGCAAGAACUUCAGAAGCAAGGUAAUCCUAACAUAGUCAUGGCACUUGCUGGCAACAAAGCUGAUUUGGAAGAUAAGAGGAAAGUGACAGCAGAAGAGGCACGUUUAUAUGCUGAAGAAAAUGGUCUUUUUUUCAAGGAGACAUCUGCCAAAACUGCUGUUAAUGUCAAUGAUAUUUUCUAUGAAAUAGCAAAGAGGUUGCCUAGAGCUCAGCCUGCUCAAAAUCCAGCAGGGAUGGUUCUUGUGGACAGACCAGCAGAAGGAUCCCGAGCUGCAUCAUGCUGUGCAUAAGAAUUUUCCCCCAGCCGCUAUAAACAGCAGGAGUUGAAGUGCGGAGAACUCGUGGAAAUCAGCAGAUUCUUUGUCCAGGAAAUUUUCGAUGGGUCAUCCGCGGUUACUUUUCCCCGUUUGAUAAUUAAUUGCUGAAAUCAUGUAAAUGGUUAUGCUUUCUGUAGAUGGAUUAACUGGAUUGAUAUAUAAAAGCCUUGUGAUAAUUUCAUUAUCAUUCAUGUAUGGAAUUGUAAACGCUUGACCUUAUUGAAUUUACACAAGAUUUCACCCGCCA